AUGCAGUCGGGUAUGCUCGGUGCAGAUGAAGCGCCGCACACAGUGCCACAGCGUGAACUUACAAUCCUAUACGCGACCGAGACGGGCAAUGCAGAAGAAGUCGCUGAGCGAAUUGCCCGCAUCGCAUAUCGGCGCGCCAUCCAAGUGCGCCUGUACAAUGUAGCCGACUACGACAAGAUGGACCUUAUCUCGGAAACGUACCUCAUUUUUGUUGUUGCGACCUCAGGAAAUGGCGAGUUUCCGCCUAAUGCGCGUCCAUUUUGGCGUUUCUUAUUGCGCAAGAACCUGCCAGUGGAUAUCUUAUCUGAUGUGACGUUCACCACGUUCGGGCUUGGCGAUUCAACUUACAAGCGCUUCUGCCGGGCGGCACGUUUGCUGACUGCGCGGAUGAAAGGGCUUGGUGCGCAUCUAUGGUUUGAAGAUGGUGAGGCAGAUGACCAGCACUAUCUGGGCAUCGACGGCGCGUUUCUCCCAUGGGCGGAGCAGCUCGAAAAUCAUUUGGAAUCGGCCAUGCCGCUUCCACCAGGGAUGCAGAUCAUACCUCCCAACAUCCCACUUCCCCCACGAAUCCAAGUACAGAUUGGCACACCGUAUACCGCCGAGCACGAUGCAGAGUUUGAGGGCAUGUAUGCCACCGUCGUCAAGAAUGAGCGCAUGACUGCGGCAGACCACUGGCAGGAUGUGCGCCUUUUUGAGCUUGAUUUGCCUCCCGAGACUGUGCUACCUGCAUACCAAGCUGGCGACGUCGUAUGCUUAUUCCCUCAGAACAAUGCAGAAGAUGUAGCACACCUCUUGCAAAGGCUCCACUGGACUGACCAGGCGGAUCGUCUACUCACGCUCACCAACACAACACCAGCGCGGCCGCUUCCGCCCAUGCUUUCGCGGGAGAAUGCAUCCGGACGCCUUACACUGCGCAAGCUUCUGACCGACUUUCUGGACCCUUUUUCCGUGCCGCGCCGCUCAUUUUUUGAGGCAAUUCAGCAUUUUUCGCCGCCGGAUCACCUUGAGCACGAGAAAUUGACAGAAUUCUUGCAGCCAGGUGAAGGCACAGAGGAUAUGUACGAAUAUGCGCAGCGUGUACGACGCACGAUGGCAGAAGUGCUGCACGAAUUCAAGAGCCUGGAUAUCCCAAUAAACUGCGUCAUGGAACUUUUCCCGCUCAUGCGCGAACGUCAGUACAGCAUUGCAAGCGCUCCUUCGGUAUUUGCCCAUCGCAUUCAGCUGGUCGCCGCAUUAGUCGAGUACAAGACACGCCUGCAAAAACCACGUCAAGGCGUGUGCAGUCAAUGGCUGAAGCAAUUACCGGUGGGCUCCGUGGUGCCGCUGCGGAUCCUCAAAGGAACAUUGCUCAUGCCUGCAACCCCGAUGCCCGUGCUUGCCAUUGGCCCUGGCACAGGAAUUGCGCCGCUGCGAUCGAUCAUACAGGAGCGUAUCGUCGCGCAGCCGCCGGAGCUCGACAAUGUCGUGCUCACUGGCUGUCGCUACAAGGACCGGGACUGUCUGUUUCAUACGGAAUGGGCGGCGCUCGUACAAGGCCGCAUUCCAAGUACAUGGAAUAUGAUGCUAGGAACCGCAGACAUGCCAUUGGCUGACAAGGAUCGAGAACUUCGCCAAGAGCUCGUCCAUUUUAUUGCGGCGAGUCGCGAUCACGAGCAAAAAGUCUAUGUGCAAGAUGUGCUGCGCGAGCAAGGUGCACUGGUCUGGGAGAUCCUUGGCUUGCGCCGCGGGAUGGCAUACUUGUGCGGGUACGUAAUUUGCACACUCUGA